AUGACUCGGACUCAAGUUCCUUUCCCUUCCCCUGCCACUCUGAAGCGGUUCCCCCAUAUCCAUGAUGACCCUUCCACCCUGUCCCAUGCCCUAGACCCCUUCACCAUCACCACUUCCACCGGCUUCCUACCCUAUCAGACUGCCCCCUCAGAGCUUCCCGAGGCCUUCAAGGCUCUUGCCUCCUUGGUUGAGCGGCUUCCUGUCGUCAAGCUUGAUGGGAAUCCUGGUCUGCUGGCCACCUAUGAGCUGGGUCCUGCUACUGAGGCCGAGCUCACUGACCUGACCGAUGAGGUUGAGAAGCUUAAGUUGCCCAAUGGAGAAUGGGAUCGCUUCACAAUUGCUGCCGUCUUCCGUGACUACACCUUCCUGGCCUCGUCCUACCUCCUCGAGCCUUGCUGGGAGAACUGGUGCAAGAACCCGGACCAGGGCUAUGGUCUUGGCCGUGAGCUCUUGCCCAAGUGUGUCGCUCGCCCUAUGUAUCGCUGUGCUCAGAUCUUGGACCUACCCCCCUUCAUGUCCUAUGCUGCCUCUUAUGCUCUCUUCAACUAUACUCUCGCCGACCACUCCAAGGGUCUGGAGGAGUACUCUAACCUCCGUCUGGUGCGCGCCUUUGAGCGUGGCCUAGACCCCAAGAGUUCAGAGGCUGGCUUCAUCCUGACCCACGUCGACAUGGUCAAGGAGACUGGCGCACUUAUUGGCGGUGCUCUCAAGGUCAUCGACACUCUUGAGCAGCACGGCCCUCGUCCUGACAUCAACGAUGGUUUCCGUGAGAUCCUCCAAGCCAUGGAGAAGAUUGAGGCGUCCAUGGAAGACAUGUGGGGUAACUCCAAGCCUGCCGAGUACCUCUCCUUCCGCGUCUUCAUCUUCGGCAUCACCAACCAAUCCAUGUUCCCCAACGGCGUGAUCUACGACGGCGUCGAAGACAACCAGCCCCUCUCCUUCCGCGGCGAGAGCGGUGCCAACGACAGUAUCAUCCCCCUCCUCGACCACCUCUGCCAAAUCCCCAUGCCCUCAACCCCUCUCACAAAGAUCCUCCACGAAUUCCGCGCCUACCGGCCCCUCCCUCACCGCGAAUUCCUCACCUACGUCCGCGAAAAGGCCGAGGAAAUCGGUGUGCAGGAGUACUCCGUCCAAGACUCCGAGACAGCCGUCCUCUUCCUCCGUGUCCUGAACCAUGUGCGCAGCUUCCGCUGGCGUCACUGGCUGUUUGCCCGCGAGUAUAUUAUUCGCCGCACGCCUCAUCCCACUGCUACCGGUGGCAGUCCCAUCGUGACGUGGUUGCCCAACCAGCUCUCCGCUGUGAUGGAAUUGAUGAUUUCCAUCUACGAUCGCUAUCUUGCGCCGAAGGAGGGUGUCACUAUCGUCAAUGGACAGGAAGAUCUUAUUGCCUCGCACCGGAAGCAGGUCGAGCCUAUGAUGGAGCUUGUGCGUGACCAGAAGGAGAAAUUGGCUAAGGAGGUUGAAAAGUGGUGCCAGGAGCGUGGGGUUUAG